CUAGAUCUUCUCUUCCCUCUCUAUCAUAUCCUCAAGGCCUUACUCUGCAUUGCUUCCCUGAUAAAUCAAGAUUUUCCAUUUUUCCCUGCAAAAUAAUUAUGUCGGACGCUUUGAUCAAUGGGCUCGCCGGAGCUGGAGGAGGGAUCAUUGCCCAGCUCAUCACAUAUCCUCUCCAAACUGUAAACACUCGUCAACAAACCGAGCGUGACCCGAAGAAAGAUCAGAGGAAUCUUGGAACUCUUGAGGAAAUGUGCCAGGUGGUAAAGCGCGAGGGGUGGGAGCGGUUGUACGGAGGAUUGAUGCCGUCGCUUGUGGGCACAGCUGCGUCUCAGGGUGUUUACUACUACUUCUAUCAAGUAUUCAGGAGCAAGGCUGAAGCAGCUGCUCUAGAACAGAAAAAGAUUGGCAUUGGUGAUGGAUCAGUUGGGAUGUUACCCUCACUACUUGUCGCUGCUUUAUCAGGGUGUGUUAAUGUGCUGUUGACAAAUCCCAUAUGGGUGGUUGUUACACGGAUGCAGACUCAUAGAAAAGAGUUGGAGAGAACCAUGCCUGGUCAUGACUCGUCUGUAGCCACAGAACAAGCAAUUAUUUCUGCAGCUGAACCUCCUCCUUAUGGAACUAGUCAUGUGAUUCAAGAAGUGUAUGGUGAAGCUGGAGUCUGGGGUUUCUGGAAAGGUGUAUUACCAACAUUGAUCAUGGUUAGCAAUCCUUCUAUACAGUUCAUGCUGUAUGAAGCCAUGUUGUCACGGUUAAAAAGAAGACGUGCUUUGAGUAAGAAGAGUAGUGAUGGGGUUACUGCUUUAGAGAUAUUCCUUCUUGGGGCUUUGGCUAAGCUUGGAGCUACUGUUGUAACCUAUCCUCUUCUAGUUGUGAAGGCUAGGCUUCAAGCAAGGCAGGUCAAGACUGAUGACAAGAGGCACCAUUAUAAAGGAACAUGGGAUGCCAUUAUAAAGAUGAUCCGCUAUGAAGGGUUUUAUGGAUUUUACAACGGUAUGAGUACUAAAAUUGUACAGAGUGUGCUGGCUGCCGCUGUUUUGUUCAUGGUGAAGGAAGAGCUUGUGAGGGGGGCUCGUUUCUUGCUUGCUAAGGAUGCUGUUAACACUGCGAAGGCAAAGCUCUAUGAAAGGAGAUUACUAACAAAUGAUUCUUUUUCCAGAUUGAGAUUCCACGAACCAUCUUCAACUGGAAGAUUCAUUCGCAUAGUAGGAAAUAGAUCAUAUGGCCAUAGAAAAUUUGUACCUUCAAAAAAACGAUAUUUUAGAAAGAAUAUCGCCACGGAUCCAUAUUCCUUGCUAUUUUCGUCAGAUUCAUAUUUUGAGUUGCUGGAAUCAUUGAGCUGUUGAGUCCUUCUGCAGAUUUCUGAGUUCAGACUCUACCCCUGGAAACACUGUAUGGCCACCUGCUAUGUAGAUCUGAUUCUCAGUCCAUUUGAUAUGCCGGACAGAAAACCUACAAAUUGAACUCAUGCCGGACAUAGUAUCUAUAAACUGAACUCAUCCAUUAACAAGCCACUGCAAAUGAGGAAAUCGGAGACAUGCAGUGCUAGAAUGCCAACUCGAUAAAUGGAGUCCUGCAGGGGCAAAAUGUCUCCCAUUGCUUGCAUAUUCGACUCAAACAUAGCUAUCGCAUAAAAUGAACAUGUAGUUUAAACUAAAGUAUGAGAAUUUUGUUUUCAUCAAAAUCAUGGUUUUAGUUAUUUCUCAUGGUAAAGCAAACAUGUUCGCUGUGUGGUUCAUAACAAUGAGUUUGGAUUAUUUGGAGAGGAAAAAA